CACCUCUCUCUCUCUCUCUCUCUCUCUCUCAUCCCCUUCUCUCUCUGUGUGUUUUUGUGUGUGUAAAGGGUGGAUAGUAUGGAGCAGUCGCCGCCGAACGGGAGAACGGGGAUGGGGAUGUUCCCGGCGGCAGAGCGGGCGGCGGGGCCGUCUGCGGGCCUGGCGAGGUAUGUUUCGGCGCCGGGAUCGCUCCUGGCCAGCAUCGCCGACACCGUCGUCGCCGGCGGCGUUGGAGGAGGAGAGUUCCAGAUGGGGAGGUAUUUCUCCAGCGAGUCGCCGUGCCUGACGUCGGAGUCCACCUGCAAGGCCGGCGCCGGCGCUGGAUCGCCGGAUCUCGACCCCUGCAGGGGCAAAGACGGUGGCGGCGGAAUUGGUGGCGGCGUUGGGCCCGGCAUGCACCGGUCCUACGGUGUGGGGAAGAUCUCCGUCGGCGCUAUGACUCCACCGGUGGCGGCGGCGCCGGGGGAGGAGGGGAAUUCGAGGGGCGGCGGGAAUCCGCUGAUUCGGCACAGCAGCUCGCCCGCCGGAUUCUUGUCUCAUCUCAUGGUCGAUAACGGUUUUCCAGUUACAAGGGACACUGGGAGCUAUUCUCAACCAGGGACAGAUGGUGUCUAUGCCAUGCCAAGCAGAAGAUUUAAAUCCCAAUUGAGCUUUUCUAGACAAGGAACAUUGUCUCAAAUAUCUGAGAUCAGUGUCCCAGAUGUGGGAGAGAGUGUUGGUGGCAGUAACAACUCCAAUGGGACGGCUGGGAAUGUUGGGCAGUCAUACAUUUCUAGCAAUUUUUCGAUUGGCUCAUGGGAUGAUACCAAUUCGAUCAUGUUCUCUGCACCUCCAAGCAAGCGGGCAAAAGAUAACAAUGGAGACAUAAUAAACAGUCUUAGCGCCAUAGAGUCUCAGUUUAGUUUGCCAACGACGUCCCUGGAGAUGGCUACAGUAGAGAAGUUCUUCCAGAUCCAACAAGACCAGGUUCCAUUCAAAAUCCGAGCUAAGCGUGGAUGUGCAACACACCCACGGAGCAUCGCCGAAAGGGAGAGAAGAACAAGAAUCAGUGAGAAGCUGAGAAAGCUGCAAGAACUUGUGCCUAACAUGGACAAGCAAACAAACACAUCAGACAUGUUAGACUUAGCAGUUCAGCACAUCAAGUCACUGCAGAGCCAAGUUCAGAUUCUUACCCAAGAACGUGAAAACUGCGUAUGUGCAAGCAAGCAAGAGAAGAAUUAAGAUACCAAACAUGUUUAUGUAUAUAAGAAUUUAUGUUGGUUAUCAUUUGCUAGAUGGAAAGGAGGUAUUAACAUGCAUGAGAAGUUCCCAUCUGUGUAUCAUCAUUCCCUUGAUCUUUGGCAGUCCAAUAGGCAAUAAUGAACGGCACUGUGCUUCCCAAAUUUCUAGCUUCUGGAAUCAUAUGGAUUAUAAAAGGGCUUUUGGGUGGGAAAGAAAAAAAAUCUUCAUUGUGCCAAGAAAUUCAGGUUCCAGGGCUUUUCUCCAGAAUCUAAUAUGUCAUAUUUCAUUAAGGUUUUUAUACCUCUCAGACUUGUGUUUGCUUGUGGGAGUUGAAUAGGGUAAUGAUAUAUGUUCCUUUAAUUGAUGCAUUAGCAAUUGACCUUUAUGUAUUUCUGGAUGUAUUUUGCCUUUUGCAUUCUAUCCUGAUCAAACCAAGGAGAGUAAUGUAAUGUAUCAAAAUUUUGUCAGAAAUGUAAUGUGGAAUGACAGAAAUUUGUGUGGAGA